AUGAGUGAAGCCGUUGAUAAUUAUUCCGAAAGUCGUGCUAAAUGGCCAGUAAAUUUUGAUGAUUAUGAACUUGGUGAUGUAAUUGGUCGAGGUGCUACUGCUGUUGUUCAAGCAGCAACAAUAAAAAAAACGGAUGAACAUGUUGCUGUAAAAAGAAUCAAUCUCGAUCGAUGUAAUACAUCUCUCGAAGAAAUCUUAAAAGAAAUUCAAGUUAUGGAACGAUGUCAACAUGAAAAUGUUGUAAGAUUUUAUACAUCAUUUGUUGUUGGAGAAGAAUUAUGGUUAAUUAUGAAAUUAUUAUAUGGAGGUUCAUUACUUGAUGUUAUACGUUAUACAAUGCAACUUGGUAAUUGUCAUAAUGGUGUUCUUGAUGAAGUAGCUAUUGCAACAGUUUUACGUGAAGUUAUUAAAGGUUUAGAUUAUUUUCAUUCCAAUGGUCAUAUGCAUAGAGAUAUUAAAGCUGGAAAUAUUUUAUUGGGUACAGAUGGUAGUGUACAAAUUGCAGAUUUUGGUGUGAGUGCUUUUAUUGCAUCAGGUGGAGAUAUUACUCAUGAUAAACAACGGCAUACAUUUGUUGGCACACCUUGUUGGAUGGCACCUGAAGUUAUGGAGCAACAACCCACUGGUUACAAUACUAAAGUUGAUAUAUGGUCAUUUGGUAUAUUAGCUAUUGAAUUAGCAACUGGUACUGCGCCUUAUCAUAGAUAUCCACCGAUGAAAGUAUUAAUAUUAACUUUGCAAAAUGAUCCACCAACAUUAGAUACAUGCGCUGAAGAUCGUGAUCAAUAUAAACAUUAUAGUAAAAUAUUCCGUAAAAUGAUCGAACAAUGUUUACAGAAAAAUCCAGAUGAUCGUGCAACAGCUAAACAAUUAUUAAAACAUGAUUUUUUUAAAAAAGCAAAAGAUCGUUCUUAUAUAGCUAAAAAUUUAGCAUUAAAAUUUCAAGAUCGUAAAAAAAUGGAAGAAAAAAUCGUUAGUAGACGUAAAUUAGGCUUAUCACGUGUUGUACGUGUAAGUGAUAAUGGAGAAUGGAAAUUUAGUAGUGGUUCAGAGGAUGAAAAUUCACCGAUAUCAAAUGAUGAACAAAUUACUAAAAUUCGACAAUUAGAAGAUCAAACAGUUCAAAAUAUUGAUGAUUUAAUUGAAAAAAAUGAUAUCAUUACGCAAUCGGUUCAAUCUCCGAGUGAUUUAACUGUACAAAUGAAUAUAAAUGGAAUGGAAGAAUUAUCAAUUGAGAAUAAUCAAAUAUUCAAACUUACAUUAAGAAUACGAAAUGCCCAAAGUGAUCUACAUGAUAUUAAAUUUGAUGUUAAUCAAGCAAAUGAAACUGUAGAAGAUGUUACAUCUGAAAUGGUAUCAGCAAAUUUAAUUGAUGAACGUGAUACACAUGCUAUUAUAUCAUCAAUGAAACAACUUAUUGAAAAUCCAACACUUGAAUCAGUUGUAUUUACUUUAGAAUCUUAUAUCGAUUCCGAUCAACCACCUGAUGAUAAACAACUUCUUGGUUUUGCUCAACUUUCGUUAGAUAUUUAA